AUCAUUUUCAACUUUAUUAAAUUAAUUAAAACACAGAGUAGUUAUUCAUAUUUAAAUUAUUAUUGGUUUAUUAUUAAUCGAAAAUACCCACAAAAAUCAUUUUAUGUUUACUCAAAAUGAAAGACAGUAAAUGAAAGACAAGUGCCGAACGUAGUUGUCAAAGGUAGUAACUUUCGUUCAAAAAGUGUGGGAGUAGUUACGAACUUGCUUUCUGUCCUUCGGAAGUAGCUUAGUCAGAACAGUGCAUUUGAUACGUUCUUCUGUGCGUUCGCGGUACUUUUCAGUCUAAAAUGCGUGCAAAGAAUGUUGGAUGCUAUCUUUUUUGGAAUCUGUUUCUAGCCUACCACGUGGUUAGCGAGAUUCCGCCAUCAAUAGACAAAGACGAUGUGCUCGUAUUCACUGUCGCUACGAAAGAAACCGAUGGCUAUAAAAGAUAUCUUAGAUCAAUCGAUGUUUAUGGAUUUCGCGAUAACUUAAGAGUUCUUGGUAUGGGAACACCUUGGCUAGGCGGUGAUCAUGUAAAAACCAGUGUAGGAGGAGGAUACAAAGUUAAUCUUUUAAAGAAGGCUCUUGAAGAAUAUCAAAAUGAUGAUGAUAGGAUAAUUAUAUUUACAGACAGUUAUGAUGUAAUAUUUUUAAGUGACUUAACCGAAAUCAUCGAUAAAUUCAAGAACAUGAAUGCUAGAAUUUUAUUUUCUGCAGAAGGAGCUUGUUGGCCGGAUAGAUCAUUAGCUUCUAAAUAUCCUUCUGUAAUACGAGGAAAACGUUUUUUAAAUUCUGGAGGCUUUAUAGGAUACGCUUCAGAUAUUUAUGCGAUUUUAACAUAUGCACCGAUAAAAAACAAAGAUGAUGAUCAAUUAUUUUAUACUCUGGCAUAUCUUGACGAAAAAUUAAGGGAACAUCAUAAAAUUAAAUUGGAUCAUAAAUCUGUAAUAUUUCAAAAUCUUUAUCUUGCCGUAGGUGAUGUAAAAUUAAAAUUUGAGAAUGGAAAGGCUUCCCUUUUGAACACGGUUUAUAACACAGAACCAUUAAUACUUCAUGGAAAUGGUUAUAGCAAAGAAUCAUUAAAUUCUUUGGGAAAUUAUUUGGCUCAUGCAUGGAGCCCUGAAGAAGGAUGUAUAAUGUGCUGGGAAGGAACAAUAGAAUUAAAUAAAACGAUACCAGAAUCAUAUCCGAUUAUAUUAAUCGCUAUAUUUAUCGAACGACCGACUCCUUUCUUAAACGAAUUUUUAGCUACAAUAUAUCAGCAAGAUUAUCCAAAAUCGAAACUACAUUUAUUCGUUCAUAACAAUGUGGAAUAUCACCAAGAUGUAAUCAAUAGUUUUAUGAAAAAUGUUGGAUAUGAAUAUAAUACUAGUAAACUAGUUUCUGUGAACGAUGCUAUGAAUGAAGUUGAUGCAAGAAACUUGGCCAUGGAUUAUUGCUUAUUAAAAGAAUGUUCUGGAUAUUUCUCUAUUGAUUCUAUUUCUCAUUUAGAUAACAAAUAUACUUUGAAACUUCUAGUAGAACAGCAACGAGAAAUAAUUGCACCAUUAUUGGUUAGACCAUAUAAAAUGUGGAGUAAUUUUUGGGGUGCUAUAAUGGACGAUGGAUUCUAUGCUCGAAGUUUCGAUUAUAUGGAUAUCGUGAAAAAUGAACGCAGGGGAUUGUGGAAUGUACCAUUUAUUAGUAAUUGUUACUUAAUUAAUUCAACGCUAAUAAGCAACAAAGAAACUCGUCCAUCUUAUUCAGAAGGCGAUUUGGAUACGGAUAUGGCUUUUGCUUAUGUUAACAGAGAACGAUCCAUUUUUAUGUAUGUCAAUAAUAGACUUGAUUUUGGACAUUUGGUUAAUCCAGACAGUUACGACAUCACAGUGACCCAUCCAGAUUUAUAUCAAAUUAUUGACAAUAAAUUAGAUUGGGAAAGAAGAUACAUCCAUGAAAAUUAUUCGGAAAAUUUUAACUCGAAUCAAACUCCAUUACAACCUUGUCCAGACGUGUAUUGGUUUCCCAUAGUAAACGAAAGGUUUACAAAAGAAUUAAUAGAUGUUAUGGAAAAUUUCGGAAAAUGGUCAGAUGGAUCAAAUCAUGAUCCGAGAUUAACGGGUGGUUAUGAAAAUGUACCAACCCGUGAUAUUCAUAUGAAUCAAGUAAAAAAUGAACCACAAUGGCUAUAUUUUUUAAAGGAAUACGUUAGACCUCUUCAGGAACUCGUGUUCACUGGAUAUUAUCAUGAUGACCCACGUAUCGAAGGUGGAUACGAAGCUGUACCGACAAGAGAUAUUCAUAUGAAACAAGUCGGUCUUCAUGAAUCUUGGUUAAAUUUUCUUGACCAAUAUGUCAACCCUUUGCAAGAGCACGUGUUUAUAGGCUACAGUACUAGUCCACCUCGUGCUCUCAUGAAUUUCGUUGUAAGAUAUCGACCAGAUGAGCAACCGUCAUUGAAGCCACAUCAUGAUAGUUCAACUUAUACUAUCAAUAUUGCUCUAAAUAGAGUGGGAGUAGAUUAUGAAGGUGGAGGUUGUCGAUUUAUCCGUUAUAACUGUUCCGUUACGGAUACAAAACCAGGCUGGAUGUUGAUGCAUCCUGGACGACUGACUCAUUAUCACGAAGGUCUUCGAGUUACCAGUGGUACUCGAUAUAUUAUGAUUUCAUUCGUUGAUCCUUAAUCAGUAUGUUGAAUUAUAGGGCAUUCUUAUAGAUAAUAAAAAAUGAAAGAAAAUACUGUAUAAAAAUAUUCAAUUGUUCUCAUAUAUAUAAAAUCUAUGAGAAAUUAUAUUAAUUGAAAAUUAGGAUUGGGCAUUUUUUAUUUAAAAUAAAAAAGAACAAAUAAUUAUAAUUUAAAUAAAAUAAAAAAUAUAAUGAAAAAAUAUAAAAAAAAAAUGAAUUUUAAAUAAAAAUGUUUGCAAAUAAAUUGUAAAAUCUUAUUUGAAAAAUAAAUUAUUUUUAAAUGAUUUGUUAUUUUAAAUAAUAAUAGAAAAAAAUAUGAAUAGAAUUUAGAUAAAAAGAAAAUGACUUUGGGAAAUAGAAAUUCCACAUAAAAAAAGCAUCCAUAGCAAAAAAACAUUUUUAUAUUUUCAUCAUAAAAUCAAAUAACAAAUAUCUAUCAGAUAUCAAAUAAAAUAACAAAUAAAGAAAUAAUUUAAUUUUAAAAUACAUUAUUAUUAAAAUAAUAUUAUUUAAAAUAAAGUUAAAAUAAGGUAUAACAAAUAAAAAAUAAAAUAAAAAUUUACUUUGAUAAAGCCCAAUCCUGGUGAAAACUUAAACUGCCGAUGUGAACGAAAUAUGUAUUUCGAAAAAAUAAGAUUCUCAUAUCGAUGUUAUUUUUUUAAUAUAGAAAAAAUAUAAGUGUGAAACAGUUAGUAAUCGUAAGUGUUUGUAUAGAAAUAAAAUGUUAACUUGCAUUUGUAUUUAUCAUUUUGAAAAAUACCAUAUAAGAAUCACUAGUAAAUCAGGUCAUACUGUUACGUCCCUUUUUAUUUUAUUAUUAUUAAAAACUUGUUUUUUAUGUUAUUUACAACUUACGAUUUCUACACAAAUAUAUUUACAUUUUAAUUUAUAUCAUUCAACGCAAAGCUUUGUUUCUUUUUUACCAGAAUUUAGCUGUGCUUUUAGAUAAUAAUUAUGAACAUUUCCUAAAAAAUUACACACGCCACACUGUUUAAAAAAAAA